AUGGACAACGAGAUCCCCCUCCCUCCGCCGCGGUGUCUGCGCCAUCGUUCUCCAGCGCGUGCCGGCACCUCGCCCGCAGGCUCGGUCGCCUCGUCCUUCCGCAAGGCGCGCCGACUGUCGCGAUUCGACGACCGCUCGAGCCAGCCUUCAAGUGACCCUGCGCUUUUCUCAAGUGACGAUAUUCCUGCGUCGGGACUGGAGAACUACAAUGCGCCUGUCGCCGGAGGAGCGGGGCGGAAGCGAAGGUAUCGCGGGACCUGGUGGGGAGAACAGGCCGUGGAUCCUAAGAGGAAGAGGGCUGAUUUCAAGGAGAAGCGCCACGUUGACAGUGGUGUCUGGAUGGGCAGCGACGAGUCACUUGCUGAGUCUUCUUUGCCCUCGGAGGAUGGGCCGGCUUGGGGAGAGGAUCUCUUGAAGUCUGUCCUCGAUCCGCAGGCAAAAGGGAGAUCUCCGCUUGAGCCAUCUAUGUUAAGGGCCCCUACUCCGGUGCAGGCGCAGACUCGCCCAAUGCCUGUCUCUAUCAAGGACGGCGAAUCAGAGGAGUACCGCAUUGCGAAGGAAAUUAUCAAUAAUUGUCUCGAGAAGGGUGAGGACAGUAUUGAUCUCGGAAACCUAAAUCUCAAGAGCAUCGGGCAAGGUCUCCUGGCGCCUCUGCAGCAUUUGACGAAGCUUCCAUCUGUGACUGAACCUCCAACAUCCGAGAACGCCUAUACUUCUCUUCAGCCAUUUCUCCGCAUUUUCCUCCCUAACAACGAUCUCACCAGCUUGGGUAGCGAACUUUUCGAACUAAAAUAUCUCAAAGUGCUCAGCGUCCGCAGCAACAGGCUUACCACGCUUCCCGCCAAUAUCCGCAAUCUGACGGCCUUGCAAGUCCUCAACAUUGCAGUUAACGAACUCACAUCCCUCCCGUGGGAGCUCCUGGGCCUUCUACAGGGGGAACUGAAACAUUUAUCUAUAUUCCCGAACCCAUUCCCAUCAAUUGAAGAAGCCGAGGUUACAGUCUGGCGUCGUGGAUCGACUCAAGACGAUGAACGCUCCUCGGGAGAAGCUCUCGAAUUCAAUGAAUAUGAAGGCGAACCUCCCGCCGACGCAUGGGCCACGAUCCGCGUCGCCACGGGCCCAGUAAAGCUCUUAGACAUGGACGGCCAGCCGGUGGAAUCAUCAGCACCAUCCGACUCGGCAAAUCGCGCCCCAUCCCUCCGAGAACUCUCCCUUCGCACUCUGGUCAAAACGCCAGGUCUCGAUCAAAUCACCGAUGAAGAGAUGCUCGACUUCCCCCCAUUAGCAGUCCCGUUGAUCGCCCUAGCCAAGAAGUGGCAAUCAGACGGCGGUUGGCACUGCUCGGUGUGCCAUCAAGAGUAUGUGAACCCGCGCUCUGAGUGGACGGAGUGGUGGGACUGCACACCUCAUGAAAAUGGGAUGAAGAGGCCGCGGGCCUCGGGUGAGAAGCUUCGUCCUUUGCCGUUCAGACGCUUUGGGUGCAGCUGGGCUUGUGUUCCUGACUCUUAG